AACUGUUAGAAACAUUCCUUUACUGAUAUUAUAGACACUUUUUUCUGAUCUAUCUACUUCUCUUCCCUACUUUAUCCCCUGAAAAAAUCACUAAACUUUCAUCACCCAAAUAUUCUUUUUAGGCAAAAAGUUUACCAACUUGUUCUGUUCAUUGAUGUUUUAGUAUCUUAGUUAGAGCUAUGUUCAUUUAGACUUCAAAAAAUAAAAUAAACAUCCAAAUGAACACUCUUAGAUUCCUUGUGUACCUUCUUUUACUGUCAUGCUCUACCAUUACUUCCUGCAAGGCAGCUAAUGAGGAUGCUGCACUCGAUCUAAAUGACGAUGUUUUGGGCUUAAUCGUGUUCAAAUCAGACCUCGAUAACCCACCUGAAUUAAGCUCAUGGACUGAGGAUGAUAGAUCUCCAUGCUCUUGGAAAUGCAUUCAAUGCAACCCAUCGACAGGUCGGGUUAUUGGGGUCUCACUCACCGGGCUAGGCCUAUCCGGGAGGUUAGGAAAAGGGUUACAAAAGCUACAAAGCCUAGAAAUACUCUCGCUUUCUAACAACAAUUUUACAGGUGAAAUAAGCCCUGAAUUACUCCAACUUCCUAAACUUAAAACACUUGAACUUAGUAAUAACAAAUUUGCAGGGCAGCUCCCUAGUUCAUUUUCUAAGAUGAGUUCAUCUCUAAGAUAUCUCGAUCUGUCGAAAAACCAUUUGUCUGGUCCAUUGCCCGAUAACAUUUUCCAAAAUUCUCAGUAUUUAAGCUACCUUUCUUUGUCAGGAAACUCUUUUGAAGGUCCUAUACCGAGUUCGAUUUCCAAAUGUGAUCUUUUAACUGGUUUAAAUCUCUCAAACAAUCAUUUCUCGGGUAAUCCAUUUGCCCAAAAUGGUGGGAUUUUUGCUUUAAAUAGGCUUAGAUUGUUAGACCUUUCAAACAACUUACUAUCUGGUAGUAUUCCUACUGGUUUCUAUACCUUGCAUAAUCUCAAGGAAUUACAUUUACAAGCUAACCAAUUCUAUGGUACUAUCCCAUUUGAUAUAGGCCUAUGUCCCCAUUUGAUUAAACUUGAUCUUAGCACUAAUUCCUUCGUGGGCGACAUACCCGUUUCGUUUGGGACACUAAACAGUCUGACUUUCCUUAGCUUAGAACACAACAUGUUAUCAGGUGAUUUUCCUCAAUGGGUAGGAAAACUGACCAAUUUGCAACAUUUUGAUGUUUCAAAAAAUGGUUUAACAGGAGUUUUACCCAUGUCAAUGGGUGACCUUAAAUCACUUCAAUCUUUUAGUGUGUCAAAUAACAAGCUAAUUGGAAAUGUGCCCAUUUCAUUAGGUCAGUGUACUCAGCUAAGAACCCUUAAACUUAAGGGUAACCUUUUAAAUGGGAGCAUCCCAAUAGAGCUGUUUUCAAUGGGAUUGGAAGAAAUGGACUUGUCAGAAAAUAGCUUCUCUGGCUCGAUCCCACUGGCUUCAGGUCAACUUUUGGAGUCAUUGCUUGCUUUGGAUUUGUCAAAGAAUGAUCUUUCAGGGGAUAUCCCACCAGAAAUGGGACUGUUCUCUAGCUUAAGGUACUUAAAUUUGUCUUGGAAUAACCUUCAUUCUAGGAUUCCCCCAGAAAUUGGGUACCUUCAGAACUUAACAGUUUUGGAUCUUAGAGACAGUGCCUUAUAUGGGUUUAUUCCUGGGGAUUUAUGUGAUUCAUCAAGCAGCUUGUCUAUACUUCAGUUGGAUGAUAAUGCCUUAACUGGCCCUAUUCCAAAGGAAAUUGGAAAUUGUUCUUCAUUGUAUUUAUUGACUUUGUCUCACAAUAAAUUGAGUGGACCGAUUCCAAGCUCAAUGUCCAAGCUAACGAGGCUCGAGAUUCUAAAGUUAGAGUCAAAUGAGCUCAUCGGGGAGAUGCCUAAAGAGCUCGGGACAUUGCAAAAUCUUCUUGCAGUAAACAUCUCCUACAAUAAGCUCAUUGGCAGGUUACCUCCCGGAGGAAUAUUUCCUAGCUUAGAUCCAAGUGCAUUACAAGGAAACUUGGGACUUUGCACACCCUUAGUGAAAGGUCCUUGCAAACUAGAUGUGCAAAAGCCGCUAGUCCUUGAUCCAUACGCAUAUCCCAACCGAAUGCAUGGUAGCAAUGAUGGGGACGAGACAGCAAGAAGUUUAGAUCAUCACAGAUUUCUCAGUAUCUCAGCCAUAAUCGCGAUAUCAGCAGCUGUGAUCAUAGUAUGUGGGGUGAUAGUAAUAACCCUAUUAAACGCGUCUGCAAGAAGGAAACUCGCCUUCAUUGACAACGCAUUGGAAAGCAUUUUCUCGAGUUCUUCUCGUUCAGCAACACCCUCGGUAGGCAGGCUAGUGCUCUUUGAUUCAAGGACAUCAGGAAACCUGUUUGCUGAUCCCGAGUCGCUAACAAACAAGGCCUCAGAGAUCGGAGGAGGGGUUUUUGGGACGGUUUACAAGGCUUCUAUAGGGGCGGAAGGGAGGAUCGUGGCAGUUAAGAAACUCUACAUGUCCAACAUACUUGAGUACCCGGAAGAUUUCGAUAGGGAGGUUAGAGCGCUAGGUAAAGUACGAAACUUAAAUGUAGCUUCCCUUAGAGGGUACUAUUGGACUCCUCAAUUACAGCUCUUAGUAUCAGAUUUUGCCUCGAAUGGAAGCCUACAAUUUAGACUCCAUGAAAGGCCACUAAACAUGGCUCCUUUAUCAUGGUCUACACGAUUCAGAAUCUUGCUCGGAACAGCAAAAGGGCUCGCGCAUUUGCACCAUUCGUGCAACCCACCGAUCAUACACUAUAACUUGAAGCCUAGUAACAUCUUACUAGACGAAAAUUACAAUGCUAAAGUUUCUGAUUUCGGGCUUGCAAGAUUUCUUACUAAGGUACAAAAUCAUAACAUAAUUGGCAGUAGAUUUCAGGGUGCACCAGGGUACGCAGCACCAGAACUCGCGUGCCAGAGUUUAAGGGUUAACGAAAAGUGUGACGUUUUUAGUUUUGGAGUAAUCGCUCUAGAGAUCAUUACAGGAAAACGACCUAUCGAGUAUGGGGAAGAUAAUGUAGUGAUAUUGAAUGAUCAUGUAAGAGUGUUACUCGAGGAAGGACAAGGUUUGGAAUGUGUCGAUCGAAGCAUGGGAGAAUACCCGGAUGAAGAAGUGUUGCCUGUUAUGAAGUUAGCAUUGGUUUGUACUUCACAAAUUCCUUCUAGCAGGCCAUCAAUGUCAGAAGUUGUUCAGAUUCUACAAGUUAUCAAGACUCCUGUACCUAAAAGACAAGAAGCUUAUUGAGAAUUUUAAUUUUAAGGUGGGAUGUCAAGAAAUUGUUUCUUUUUCUUAAAAAAAAAAAAUAAUUAUCAAUGUUUUUAUGAAAUUAGGGAUUGAUAAUGACUAUCUUGAUGUCAUUUUCAUAUGGAUUGUGUUUGAUUAUUACCUUAUACUUAAGUUAUGGCAUUGAAGUAAUGUUUCAGAA